UCCCCGACGGAGAGGGCGAGCGGAGUGGCAUCGCUGGGCUUACCCUGAUCGUGCGGCAGGGCGUGAGGCGAAAGAAAAAAACAAAUUCUCCUUUGAUGGAAUUUGCAAGAUGGAAGGAAAAUAAUAAAAAUAUAAGAGGACAGAAGAAUUAAAAGCCAACAGCUUCUCCUGUCUCAAUAAAAUAAAGACUUAUGUCUUCUCAUUUACAGGUUAAGGCUACCUUUCCAGAUAGUCCAACAGCUAAGUCACCAGUUUCCAAGGGCAUUUGUACCACUUAUGGAAAACGUCGGAUCCGUGCAUAGCAGAUGUCCUUGACAACUCAUCCCACCAUCCCCUGCACAAAAUUUGCUGCACCAGCAGACUAUGAAGCCGACCACUGAGCUUCUUUUCAUUACCAAGUAGAUAUAAUAUCCCUGACAACAAAACAGAGGACACAAGUGUCUCUUCACAGUAUCACAGCCAGUUGAGACCACACUAAGAAAAUCAGCUUGCCUAUAUGAGGACCCCUUCUCUUCUUGGGUAGCCAGGAUUUAAAGGAGAGACUCUGACCUGUGCCGCUGGUAAGUGCCUAACUUUUACACACGGAACUGGUCCUGAGAACCGAGAUGUCUUCUUUGUAAGUGAAGACUAUAUAACAUAAUCUCGAACUGCAUAGUGGUGCAAGCCAAAGGCAUACUGUGUGUGUAACGGACUCAGAAACAGGCAAGUUAAUCUUGUUGAAAGGAUUUUUCAUCUUUUGUUCUAUUUGCCAGUGUUUGUGUUUUGCUGGCUUCAAUUGUUACUUCUUUCUGGUUCCUUCUUUCCUAUCCUUAUGGGUCCCAGAAUUCCCUCUCCUGAUCGCUUAACAGAAUCAGAAAGUGAGGAAGAAGAAAGUGCUAACUACCUAAAUGAGAGCUUUGGGGAAGAUUGGGAUUACUCUGAAGAAGAGGACCCUGUGGUGCCCAACCUGACACGUCUGGAGAGUCUUGCCUGGCAGGUUAAGUGCCUUUUAAAAUAUUCAACUACUUGGAGACCUUUAAAUCCUAAUUCCUGGUUAUAUCAUGCUAGACUCUUAGAUCAGGACACACCGGUCCAUAUACUUCGAGAGAUAGGUCUAAGACUCUCCUAUUGCUCCCAUUGUGUACCCAAACUGGAACCAAUUCCUGAGUGGCCACCUCUGGCUUCUUGUGGAGUCCCACCUUUUCAAAAGCCGCUGACAAGUCCCAGCCGACUUUCCAGAGAUCACGCCACUCUAAAUGGAGCACUGCAAUUUGCCACCAAACAGUUAAGCCGAACCUUGAGUAAAGCCACUCCCAUCCCUGAAUUCCUAAAACAGAUCCCUAAUUCAUGUGUUUCUGGUUGUUGCUGUGGCUGAUUAACUAAAAAAGUUAAGGAAACAACCUACACUGAACCCAUCAACGCCACUUGCUCUUACAUUGACUUCCAAAAGGCAGUUAACAAACUCCUAACUGCAUCACUGUAAAGAUUCACCAUUUGCUCUGGUGUCUCCUAUGUUUCUGAUUGAGAAAGUAGUACAAGUUACACAGCCCAGAGCUGAGAAAGGAAUGCCUUCUCAACCAAACUGCCCUGUCCUGACAAGCUGAAUAUCUAUCCAAGAGGCCCAUCAGUCAACUAAGAAAAUAUGCAUGUGAGCACUCACUUUGACAGACCCUGUGGAUAAAACAAGAACUUCAAUAGAGAAUUCGUAAAAAGGUACUGUUGCAAAAAAUAAAUUGACUAUUCUCCUCAUUCAGUUCUCGCCCCAAUUUACUCUGCCUAACUGAAUAGACUCGAACUCUAGGUAUCUAAUGAUUAAUGGGAAGGACAGAGUAAGCUAUUCUCUCUUUUCUUACCCAGCCUUCACAACAGCCAUUGUGGAAAGUGGGAGGUUAGCUACUCCCAAUAGUACCCUCCUAAGCAUACUCUUCUCUGACAUUCAUUUUUAGGGAGGUAGUUAAAAUUGAAUAAUCUCACAGCUUUUAUAUAGAUAGGUCUGCACAUGGCAUUAAACAGGCACCUGUUCUAUAAGAAAUAUAUUUCCUGCAUCUUGGCACCCAGACUUUAGUCAAGAGGAAAUAAAAUACCUUCCAAAAGACCAAAGAGAAAGGAUUAUUAAGAGAGCAUUUAUGUUUUCUAUACUAACUGCUAGUGGAUUACAGUGUUUCAGUCUGUAUGUUUCCUGGAGCAGCACUUAAUGCACUUUCCCAUCCAUUGCAAACUUUCCAGGAUCGCUUCUAACUGUAAAGAACCUUACUAUGGAAAGUCUCAGCCUAAUAUAACCUGAAGUUAGAGUUUUUUAGUAUCAUUGUUUUCCUACAUAGAUUAGCUUUAGAUCUAUCUGAACAAGGAAGUAUGUGUACUCUUGUAAAUGGGCCUUGCAGUGUUUAUUUAGAUGAGUCAAAAUGUAGAAGUCAACAUAAAUAAAAUGCAUGAGACCGUUAGAUCUUUUCACACCAUAAAGACUGAAAACUGUAUGAUCCUGGUUGACGGCAUCUAAAGGAUUCAGAAAAUAGAUUGUUAAAGAUUUAUCUUAUACACCCUUAUUUUAGUUUUGCUUUUUCCUAUUCUCCAUAACUGUCUACAGUUAUGGCAUCAAAACCUUAAAGCAUUAAUGGAAUCACAAAUUCUAUAAAUGUGUAGCAACUUUAGGAGAUAGAAGGAUUUUAUAACCUAAUGGGUAUUUCUGCUGAGCCUUAGUUGUCUUAAAGAAAAAAAGGAGGGGGUAGAAAAAAUGUUUGGUAGUGGAAAAUUAUUGAACUGAAACCGUAUCAUACUGUUAGUGUAACUGAAUGUAUCAGAAACUGUUCCUAUGUAGAUGUUCUCUGUGAAACUGGUUUUUAAAAUGUUACAACCUGUUUUUUAAGGGGAGGUGGGAAAGAUAGAGAAAUCUAAAAAUAUGUUGAUGUUUAUGUAAUUAUAUAUGUUCCUUUUUCUCUGUGUGUGUGUUGCAUGUGUGCGUGUAUGUGUAAAAAUGCCUUGCUCAUAAACGCGUUUUUGCUAUUCACUCCUAAAGGAAUCCUUUCCCCAACUUUGCAGCUGAAUAAACCAACAGCUUUGUACAUGCUGAA